GAACAUCAACAAUAUCAAGAAUUUCUUUGAUCUUCAAUUUUGGACCUCAAUUGCAAUAACUACAGUAUUGACCAAUUGAUCCUUCUCUCCUACACUUUCGGCAACCUCGAACCCUAAAUAAGAUGUUCAACGCGUCGACAGGCACCUUCAAUGAGACCCUCUACAAUAAUACCAACCUAUGCACACUCGAUACUUGCCCAUUAAACUGGGCUCAUGUUGACUACAUCCCUUCACUCGGCGGCAACGUCUUAUACAUCGCCAUCUUCGCCCUUGCAUUAUUGCUGCAAAUAGGAUUCGGCAUCUACUACAAAACAUGGACUUAUCUGGUCGCCAUGAUUGGCGGCUUAGUUGGUGAGAUCAUUGGAUAUAUUGGACGAGUGCAAAUGCAUUUUAAUCCGUUUCCCAUGGAUCCAUUUCUUGAGUAUCUGGUCUGCCUGACAAUUGCUCCCGCCUUCCUUUCGGCCGCUAUCUACCUCUGCUUCUCUCGAAUUGUCAUCGUCUACGGUGCUAGAAUAUCUUAUUUCCGUCCCAAAGUGUACACCUACCUCUUCAUUGCAGGCGACUUCAUCGCUCUUCUGCUUCAAGCAGCCGGAGGUGGUAUCGCAGCAAGCGCCACCGGCUCUACACAACAAACCGGUAUCAACAUCAUGAUAGCCGGUGUCUCAUGGCAAGUAUUCAGUCUCGCCAUUUUUGCAGUCCUCUGUACCGACUUUGCGCUUCGCGUCCGCCGUGCGCGAGCCGCGGAUUUUAAUCCACAAUAUGAGUCCCUACGUGCCUCGCGCUCGUUCAAGUUGUUCCUGUGGUCUCUCGGAAUUGCCACAUUGACAAUCUUUAUUCGUUCCGUGUUCCGUUGCGCAGAACUUUCUGACGGAUUCAAUGGGUCUCUGGCUAAUGAUGAGGUUACAUUCAUGAUCCUUGAGGGUGCGAUGAUCUCUAUUGCAGUGAUUGCUUUGACGGUGUUUCAUCCGGGAUUGAUUUGGAGGAGUGAAUGGCGUGAGUUGGCAAAAGCGAUGAAGGGUCGCAAGGAUGGGAAGUACUAUCAGUCUAAUGGUUUGAUGUCGAUAUCGGAUGUUGAUCGGGAGAGUAACUAUCAUGAGAUGAGGUAGAUAUCUCCCUAGGUGCUUGUGGAUGUGUAAGGGAUGGUGUCGUUUGUGAUUACACCAUGCUUUGUAUUAUUUCCUUUGUGAUUGUUUAGUCAUAGCGAUCUUUUAUAG